CGAUCACAUUCGUUGCCCAUCACAAGAUGGGUGAAGGAGUUGGACGUCACUGAGAACAAAAUGACGAAAUUUUUGGAGGCACUUGGCUGCACGUUGUGGAAAUUACCUUUCAGAAUUCAAAAGGCGUCUGUUUCUGAGGCUCUCGAGUUGGAUACCAUACGUAUUGCACGCCUCACAGGACCGCCGAGAAGUAAAAUUAAGAAAUUCACUCGACGAAGAUAG